CCGGAAGUUAGUUUUUAAGUGUUGCUGACGAGACGCUCAUUCUACCAACCACAGUAGCUAGUCUGUUAGCUAGCUAACUUUAAAGCCUGCAAAGACAUGAGCCGCAAAAGGAACCACAGUUUCACUGAAACAAGCCUUUCGCCCGACCCUCAAAACGCAUUCAUGGACACGCCGGGGCCUACGGCGAGAGCCGACGAUGAUUUCUUGGAAUUCGAACCCGACGAGGAGCUACUCUGCUCGGUGAACGACAUCACCGAACACCUUGGGAGAAACAUAACAGUGGUGCUCGAGACAGCAUUGUCCGAAAUCAGGAAAAUUGUCAGCGUCAGGAUACGCGUUCUGAAAAUUGAGCUUCGGGAGAAAACAGACGAAAUUGAAGUCCUUAAAGCAAGGCUGGAGAUACAAAGAGACGGUAGGGACCCGUACCCCGGCGGAAUGACCACCGAGGCAUCAUCUGUAUUCCGAAAAUCAGACUUACAUUCGGGCAACAAGCACAGCAACGAGCCCAAGAAAGCCAAACCAGCCAUGCCUGGUGUAAAGAAAGAAAACAUCAAUGCAAUUUGCGAUUAUCUGAUGAAAGAUAAGAAUUCACGGGGGGCUGAAGCGGACAGCGACCCGAGCAAUCCUCCGUCUGGUAGUGACAGGGACAGCCGCCACGACCCCCAGCCGCACUCCCUCAACCUGUGGCCGGACACCAUCCCUGACGCGGGGUCUGGGGAUGAGGAGUCGGACUCGAACACGGAUGACCUAUUCGGCAUACUACCAUCGGGAAGCAAACGGAUCUACGACUACGAAUGGAUGACGGGUGUGGAGUACACGUCGGAUUUGAAAGGUAUGAGGGAGCCUAAAUGUGAGACAAUACCAGACGAAGAAGAGAAAGACGAGGAAGAGGGUGAUGAGUCAAACGAAAGGGAUGGUGGAUUGGAGCAUCCCUCAGCACCUUUCUCCCGUGACGCCCACACCCCUGACUUUCCCCUGGCCCCACAGGGCUCUUCGGGAGGGGAGGGGGACGGUUCUGUGGAGGACCAUGUGGAUCGACUAGAACCAGGCCAGCAGUUUCCCUCCCACACAUACCUCUGCCCGCUGUGUGGAACCUUCUGCCCCGACUCCUUGUUCCUGGAGGAACACAUCAAACUGAUACACGGCAACACCACCGGCACCCACAGCGCCCUGCAGUCCACCUCCACCGCACUCCUCACCCUGGGGGAGGGUAGCAGUAACUCCAAGCGGGGGUUGGGGGUGCUGGAAGGUGGGAGCAUGGCGGCUGGGUCCGGGGGGGUGAGCCUGGCAAGAGGAGGAGGAGGCGGGGGGGGUACGAGGGAGAAGAAAGUGGAAGGGGGCUACGAGUGCGGCGACUGUGGCCGCCAUUUCAACUACUUGGGCAACCUGCGGCAGCACCAGCGCAUCCAUACAGGGGAAAAGCCCUUCAUAUGCCCCGAGUGUGGGGAGAGGUUCCGGCACGCUGCCCGAUUGAAGAGUCACCGGCUGGGGCACAAUGGCGGGCAGAGCCCCUUCCCGUGCCCCCAGUGUGGGAAAGGCUUCCCGGUGCUCUCCGGCUUAAAGAGGCACCAGCGGGUGCAUACAGGGGAGAGCCCCUACGCAUGCCAGCAGUGUGGGCGGCGCUUCAAGGAGCUUGGUAACCUUUAUACCCACCAGAGGAUCCAUAGUGGUGCCACACCCUAUUGCUGCCAGCAAUGUGGGAGGAGCUUCCGUCACCUGGGCACCUACAAGAGCCACCGCUGCACCCCAAUACAGUGACAGUGACACUUGUUACCUUGGAGCUAGGCUGGCCUACUGCUAAGUGUAGCCUAGCCAUCGCAGGAGCCUAUUGAUUGAUAUGCUGUUGAGUAGACUGAGGCAGGAACAUUGUCUGUCUAAAGACAAGCACCAUACAGACUCAAAAGGGAGGGUGCCAUGAUGGGAAAGGUCAAAGUGCAUCAUGAUAAAGAGAUGAAAGCAUGCCCCUGUUCCAAUACUUCAGAAACACAUCACUCCUUCCCAGUUCUGUGAAAUAAUCCAUGACUUAUUCAACAUUAUAAACUAGGUGGUUCGAGCCCUGAAUGCUGAUUGGCUGACAACUGUGGUAUAUCAGACCGUAUACUGCUUUCAUUACAUUGGUAACAAUAAUAGCAAUAAGGUACCUCGGGCCUUGUUGCUUAAUGAUGGUAUAGGUGAAAGCAAUAUGUUUCGCCAACCCCGAGUGGCACAGCGGUCUAAGGCACUGCAUCUUAGUGCUACAGGCGUCACUACAGACCCUGGUUCGAUUCCAGGCUGUAUCACAACUGGUCAUGAUUGGGAGUCCCAUAGGGCGGCGCACAUUUGGCCCAGCGUCGUUCGGGUUAUGGUUUUGCCGGGGUAGGCCGUCAAUGUAAAUAAGAAUUUGUUCUUAACUGACUUGCCUAGUUAAAUAAAGGUUAAAUAAAUAAAUAAAAAACAGUCAGAUCAGGGAUUAUUUCUAGGAAGCAAGGACGGAAGGAAGGAUGCAUUUUAGUUGUAUUCAAAUAGGACCCAUGUAGGCAUAUCCUGUUGGGAAGAGGACUCACACUACUAAAAGAACAGUGGGACUCUGCUGCCACCUUAUGGACUUCUUAUAUUACUGCACAAAUUAAGUUUCACAGUGGUACUGCUGAAUGUUUUAACCUCACUUACCUACCAGCGACUAUUCUGCCCAGAGCAGAUGAGUUGGCAUUUUAUCUUCUUUUUUUAUAAUGACGUAACCUAUAUUACUGACACUAUAUUCUUUAGACCUUUUUGGUAUGUCCACCUGCAUGAAGAUGACAACAUCGUCAUGUGAGAAAUCCUCUGUUCAGUUCUAUGCUACCUCUCUGGCAUGUAGAACAAGGAAUCAAUUCGGCUCUAUGGCAUUUCUAUCUGCAACGUUUGACAAACUGAACGCAGUCCUGAUAUCUGUAGCCCUUUCAAAUGAACCCCUCUCUCAACAGACUAGUUAUCUACACGGUUCAGGAAAACAUUCAGUUCAAGGUGAAUUAUAUGGAAAGAAAAUGGCCCCCUCUUGUCUCAAUUCACCCCAAUUGUGUAGCUGAAAAUAUCCCCAAUACUGUAUGUGACUGUUGAACACAUAACAAAAGAAAACAAAAACUGUCCGGUAAACAAUUCAUAUUAAAACGGUAAAUGUGAAAUGCUAAUAAUUGGCAAUCUGCAUCCUAUGUGGUGCUUUGUGUUGUGUGAGUGUACUUUCAAUAAUACUAAUACUUUCCCCCAUUGACGAAGACUUCCUUAUGUGGACUAAGAUAAGGAGAGGGACGUGAUGUAAGGAUUGGCAUACUUGGAAUAGAAAAUGUUUAAAUGGUGUACGCUUCUAAGAAACAGUCAGUGCCCAGAGUUCCUUGGUGAUUUGUGUGUGUUUGUGUACUUGUUUGUAUAACCAGCGGGCACUGCAUUUCUGUGUCUGUGCAGCUGUGUCUUCAUCUGCCCCCUGCAGAGGGACAAUCAAAGGGAGAUAAACAUUACUACACUCCAUCACUGAUCACGACAAGCCCUUUACACACACACACACACACAGUGGCUCUCACUAAAGGCAUCAGAAUUGUUGGAAAGCCGCAGAGAGAGACAGAGCAGGAGAACGCUAGUAGCAUUUUGGCCCAGUAGGCCUACAUACCAGAGAGACUUCCAUCCAAACAUGAAGGGCAAUACAUUUGCAACACAAACAUAUUCAUUCAAAACAGGCCGCUGACUGUGGAAAUGUGGUCCUUUAUUCUUUGCUAUUCCUGAUGAUAUGUAAAGUUAACAGACUCGGCAGGAAGCAUACUGAACAAAAGUAUAAAUGCAAUAAUUUCAAAGAUUUUACUGUAUUUACAAAUCACAAUCAAAUCAAAUUUUAUUUGUCACAUACACAUGGUUAGCAGAUGUUAAUACGAGUGUAGCGAAAUGCUUGUGCUUCUAGUUCCGACAAUGCAGUAAUAACCAACGAGUAAUCUAACCUAACAAUUCCACAACUACUACCUUAUACACAUAGGUGUAAAGGGAUAAAGAAUAUGUACAUAAAGAUAUAUGAAUGAGUGAUGGUACAGAACGGCAUAGGCAAGAUGCAGUAGAUGGUAUAGAGUACAGUAUAUACAUAUGAGAUGAGUAAUGUAGGGUAUAUAAACAUAAAGUGGCAUAGUUUAAAGUGGCUAGUGAUACAUGUAUUACAUAAAGAUGGCAAGAUGCAAUAGAUUAUAUAGAGUACAGUAUAUACAUAUGAGAUGAGUAAUGUAGGGUAUGUAAACAUUAUAUUAAGUGGCAUUGUUUAAAGUGGCUAGUGAUACAUUUUUACAUACAUUUCCAUCAAUUCCCAUUAUUAAAGUGGCUGGAGUUGAGUCAGUAUGUUGGCAGCGGCCACUAAAUGUUAGUGGUGGCUGUUUUAACAGUCUGAUGGCCUUGAGAUAGAAGCUGUUUUUC